ACUUCUAGCUUUCGUUUAUAAAAAGAAAUCCUUUUGCUUUUAUUUUAAAUUGCCAACUCUACUUGUAUAUACCGAGGGAACAUUGAGUCACGCUAUGAACAACAUGAGCUAAAGACUGUGUAGCGUUGUAUGCGUAAACCAGAAAGGAGCUAUAUAGCCUGGGGGUGGCAGGCAGGGAUACUGAUAAGUGAUUUGCUGUUGCUCCGUACAAGACACAUUAAACCAAGAAGAAAUUCAAAAUAUUUUCACUUGUACAUCAUCUCCCGUACUAGCUAUACUACUACGUUAAACCAAGCGCUACCAAAAUGAAGAUAAUUUGCGCUGGAUUGCAAAAAACAGGAACCAAAUCCAUGGCUGCUGCUUUACGUAUUCUUGGCUUCACAGUUCACGACUACGACGAACAUAACGUGUAUUAUUUGAACGAGUAUCUUGAUGCAAUGGAUGGGAAGAUUCCUGAUUUUACCACCAUGUAUAAAGAUGUUGAUGCAACAACAGACAUUCCUGCUUCGUUGUUCUGGGAGGAAAUCAAAGAAAGCUUUCCUGAAGCUAAGGUUGUACUUAUGGUACGAGAAAGCGCCGAGUCGUGGGUGGAUAGCAUGCUACACACUAGAGCUGUGGUAUUUCAAAACGUCAAGCAGUUCUCGACCAGCAUGGCGAUGUCAAUCACGCCAACAGGCCGUAAAUGGUGGAAACUCUACGAAAAGUGUUCCAUAAGAAUGAGGUUUGACGACAAAGAAAAGAUGCCCCCAGUCUACACUAAGCACAACGCGCGGGUCAAGGCCACCAUCCCGCGGGACGAGCUUCUCGUCUACAACGUCAAACAAGGAUGGAAACCGUUGUGUGAGUUCCUGGGAGUCGAAGUCCCGGAUGUACCUUUUCCGCGCUUAAAUGUUAAAAGUUCAGCAAUACCAGAUAUCGUAAAUUAUUCUGGAAUUGGUAAAAUAGUUUACAGGGAAGCGCUUUUAGUUCUGAUAGUUUUUGUCGUUAUUGUAACAUUGCUGGUUUUCAUAUUUGUUAACUGAAGAAUAAUUGAAUUGCUCAGUGUUGAAACCCUUUCAGGUCUCAAUAAAUAUUACUGAAAACGCG